AUGGCAGACCCAGUCGGGUUUAGCAUCGACAUCAGCCUCGCCUCGGGUACAGCAAAAGCCGGGCAGGCUUGGGACGAUGGAGAACUCGUCCGAGCGUACGAUGCCGCUCUCGAGGAAUUCCACCUGCACCACCCCGGACCAGGCACAUGGCUGGACAAGAUGACGGCUGCAAAGGGCCAGCCAUUGCCAGGAGCAAGGACUUUUGGGACAGACUGGUACCGCGACUCGGACACUGCACCGCAGAAGCCAAAAAAGCGGGCGGCGGACAACCCCUACACUGGUACAGCCAAGAAGAUCAAGCCUAGAGAAGAUUCACCGGUCUACAACCCUCCUUCUCCCCUCCACGGCGGUAGCGGGGCCGAGCCACCAGAGUCACCCCACGACAGCGGCUACUCGGCAAACACCCUAUCCGGAGAGGCUGCGGCACGAGCGACGUACGAGGAGGCCAUAGGUUUCGCCAUGUCGGCCCAGUACGCCGCGGGCUACUGGCUAGGCGUAGCCCAUACCAAAGCCAAAUCUUCCCCUGUAUCAAACAUACUCCAUACCCGUCAGGAGCACACCUCGGCCAAGCUGAAACGAUGA